AUGUCCGAUCCCACUCCCACUCCCACUCCGGCAUCGUCAUCUCCUCAAGAUCGCGAUCGCCUUCGCCUUCAGGCCCGAAAGCCACUGCCACCCACCGUGCCGGCCUACUUGCCGGCCGCGGGCUCUCCGCUAUCUGUCGACCGCGAGCUGUACUCGGCCAUCCGGCAGGGCGGGAGGGAGUUGGUUCACUCGUUCACCGUGCCGAUUCGGUCGGGCUAUGCUUGGAAGGCGGAGGCGAAAAGUAUCGUCAGGAUCAGUACGCCGGAGGGAGCGCAAGUCGGUGAUCUAAAUAUCUGGAACGCCAACAACCCUCGUGAGAGAUUCUGGGCGUCUCGCACAAAACAACUCCACUCAUCACACGUGUCGACAUUUGAUCGGCUUUGGUCCUGCCUUCCGUUCAUGCGUCCUUUGUGUACCAUCAUAGACGACUCCCUCUCGUGGUAUGGCGUCGAUGAGACCGGUGGCCGCGUCCACGACUUGCUCGGCACCAGAUGCGAUCCGUACAUCAACACGCUCCUGGGCGGAUCUGGAGCGUCGUACGACUUCCACUGCCAUUCCAACCUGACCAGAGCUGUGCUCCCUUUUGGGCUCAACGAGUCCGACGUCCACGACGUCAUCAACUUGUUCCAAGUCACCGGGCUGGACAAGGAGGGGAGAUACUUCAUGAAUCCUUGUCCGGCCCAAUCGGGUGAUUACAUUGAGUUCUUUGCCGAACAGGACCUCCUCAUGGCACUGUCGACGUGUCCGGGAGGAGACCUCUCAUUGUGGGGGUUUGGAGCUGACAGCGAGAAGGAGAUGAUCAAAUGUUGCAGACCGCUGAAAGUAGAGGUGUUCAAGCUGGUUGAUGAAGACAAGGUUCUAGGCCUAGGCGCCGGGUGGACCCCCGCUGAACGUCCAGAUUAUCGUGGUGUACAUGGGAUGAAAGUCCCUCUGGGAGAAACGAGAUAG